CGGAACCCUGGAGAUGAUUGGUGUUAGCAAUAUUACAAACAGGACGGAUCCGAACAGUUUGAAGUCACGUGUUUUCGUCGGAAACCUAAACACAGUGCAUAUGUCCAAAACAGAGCUCGAGUCAAUAUUUUCUAAAUAUGGAGCUGUGGUUGGAAUAUCAGUGCACAAAGGUUAUGCCUUCAUUCAGUAUGCAAGUGAAACUAAUGCACGCGCUGCGGUUAUCGGUGAAGAUUCCAAGACAUAUUACAAUAUGGCUCUAGAUGUUACAAUAGCGUCCGAGCCGAAGAACCGGAAGCGAGGGAGAUCGAAUGCUGCCUCAUCGCUACAGUCUUGGAACCCACUGACAAGUACGAACCUUUCAGAGCUCGCUUUACAAGCCCAGGCUCUUAGCAGUAUUGCUGGGAGUUCUGUACUGUCAUUGCAGCAGUUCGGUCUGGAAGGGAUUAUGGGCCAGCCUAAUCUCGUUAACUUUGCUGCAGCAGCAAAUUCUGUUUUUCACACCCCAUCACUUUCUGGUCUAAGUGUUUCUACACCUCAAGCAGCUAUUACAGUCGGCAAUCCACGUAAUAAGUUUACAAAACUAUCCAAUAUCACAACAACGUCUUCAGCAACCCCCAAUUCCCUCGCCGCCAAGCGUACUCGUUUGGAUGGAGUGUUAGGCGGUAUUACUGGUAAUAUUUCCAACUCAAAUUCUUCGCUACCUGCUGGAGCUAGAGGACAAAAUUUAGUCUCACUCGUCUCUGCAACAGAUAGUCUGGCACCACCGGCAAGUCGGCGCCAAGUGACAAACUCGGGCCCUGUUCGUUCUGUAUCUGAUCAGGUAAAUAAUACUGCAGUUCGUAAUCGCAUCCUUACAUCUGUGGCUUCUCAUCCCAAAAACAUAACCAGUACAAAUCAAAACUUACAAACAAUUGAUAAAAAAAACUCCACUGUUCGCCAGAAUCGCUCACAGAAUUCAAGUGAUUCCUCUGAAUCCGACCGUCAUCCUUUUAUUCAGCAACCAAACCCCACGGGCCUGUCAACAAAAGGUUGCAGUCCUCAGUCAGGUGUUCAGUUACGUUCAGAAGACAUUCUUAUAUGUGGACGUUGUCGCCGUUUGUUUGAACAAGUUGACGAACUUAUUUCACAUAAAAUGGCAGGCUGCAGCUUGGAUAAGGAUACUGAGAGUAGUUGUCGCUGUCGGGCUGCUGGCGAACCAGAAAGUCUGGAAUGUGCAUAUUGUGGUGCAAACUUUUCCACUGCUUGGGGACUAAUGCAUCAUUGCCAUAGUGAUCAUUUCCUAACUAUAUAUGCGCUUCCAUCUCCUCCUUCAUCGCCUUCUGCAUCAUCCAACUCUAUUUCUUCGGUAUGCUCCACAAUGUCUCGCCGAUUUGGUGAUAAUGAGAGUGAAAAGUUAUCUGAAAAGUCUGUGAGAUCCAAUGCCCAGUCAGAUAAAUCAGAUGACACAGGUAAACAUUCCUCAUCACUUGGAAAGCAAAACGUAAAGCGUGAACAAUCUUUAUCUGAUAAUCAUCAUCCCUCAAAUUCGCUCAAAGUUGAAGAAACAAAUGAAGGUAGUGACUGGGAUGCUGAGGAUGAAGAUGACAACCACCAACAUAGUGGUGGUGAAACUCCAACUCUAGAAUCAGUCCAUAACGAACAGUGUAGUUCGCCCAGUAUGUCAAGAGAUCAUUCACAUGAUCAAUCGGGCGCACAGUCUACAACUGGCGCUUCAGAUUCGGAAGGGUCUAAUGAAGUUUGCAACAAGCGGGUGCUUAGGUCGCCAUCUCCCCCUUGUCACCGCAGAAGUCGAGGUGCUGAAUAUGGUUGCCAUGAAACUGUAGAAGAUGAUGAUUAUCCAGACGACGAUUCAGAGUCUGGCAAUGCAGUUGAAUAA